AUGGAGGCUGCACCUGCGCUCGAUGGACACCCGUCCGUCAAGACCGCGACGGCGCGAGUCGCGGUGGUAGGCGCGGGAAUCUCGGGGCUCGUCGCCGCGUCGAUACUCGCGGAGCGCGGGGCACACGUGGCGGUGUUUGAUUUGGGGAGGGGUCCCGGCGGUCGCAUGUCGCAGCGGAGGGAAAGUAUCGCCGUUCCGCCACUUGGCAGCUCUACCGAGGCAGCCGUCGAUUUGCCGAACGUAGAGGCCAGGUUCGACCAUGGUGCGCAAUAUAUCACCCUCAGCGACCCGAACGUGCUGUCGUUCCUGGAGCAGAGGUUCGGAGGGACGGGGGCGCUCGCGGAAUGGCAGGGGCGGUUCGGAGUUUGGGACGCGGAAAAAGGGGAAUUCACUCCAGAGGAGUUGGAGGACGCGGGGAGAGCGCAAGGGGGAGGAGAAGCGCACCAAGGGGGUAAUAUUGGUUUCGAGAAGCGGUUUGUGGGGGUACCUGGUAUGAACGCCCUCUGUCAAACGCUGCUUCUCCCCUCACACGCGGCUUCUGCCGCAAACAUCAACGCCAGAUUCGGAGUCCAGGUGGCACGAGCGGAUUGGCUAGAGCACAAAAACCCUACAGGAGUGACUGAUGUAGACGAGGGCACCCCUCUCUCUCCGUCUUGGGAGCUUUUCUCGGCUUCCGGAGAUUCCCUAGGUUGCUUCGACGGCCUGGUAAUUGGUGCGUCAUACCGAACCAUGCCUGUGCUCCUGCCCGACCUGCCAAGCCUAGCACAGGUUCGGCAGGCCCUGGCGGAGGUCCGGGCGUCGCCCAGGUUCGCGAUGAUGCUGGCGUUCGCCGAGCCUCUCAGCCACGUGGCGUUUGAUGGCGUGGAUGUGGUGGGGAGUGACGUGGUGGGGUGGAUUGGGAGGGACAGCAGCAAGCCGGGCAGAGCAAGGAGAGACGGAGGGCAAGACAGAGCAGAGCAGAGCAGAGCGGACCAGAGCAGAGCAGAAGAAGGGUAUCAGGAGGAGCAGUACCCAGAAUGCUGGGUGGUUCACUCCACUGCACUUUAUGCCUCCUCCCUCCUCGCCUCUGCCCCCCCUGGCCGCCCCUCCCCAGAGCUCCUUGCACGCGUGACAGAUGACAUGUGGCGCGCUGUGAAGCCGAUACUGCUAGGUGGCAGUGGGAGGGGAGGUGGUGAGAGUGUGGGAGGGGUGGAGGGGAACGAAGGGUUAGAGCCGAUUUUGAGGAAGGUGCACCGGUGGGGAGGGGCGUUUCCUGUAGCGGGGGUGGCUGCAGCAGGGGAGAAGUUCUUGUGGAGCGAAGGGGGCCGGGUGGCGGCGUGUGGGGAUUUCUGUGUGGGGGGUCCAAUGAGAGGGUUGGUGGAAGGCGCUGUGGCUAGCGGGGGAGGGCUGGUGGAAGGCGCUGUGGCUGGUGGCAUGGAGGCAGGGCGGAAGGUGGGUGAUGCUCUCUGGCUGGGAAGAUGUGCUCUGUGA